AUGCGGACUUUUCUAUCCCUUUUUUCGGUUCUUCACUUUGUCGUGAGCGUGACAGCCAAAGGGCGAGGAGGAGGGGGUGGAGGUGGUUCCAUUGACGACAAUUGGGACGCACCUGUGACGAUCAAGGUUGCUAUGGCAUUUGAGAUCAUCUACUUUAUCAUUCUUCUCGGCGCAUUUAUUACCAUCUGGCGACGCCUUCAUCUCGUCCCACCUGGUCGAUACACGCGCGCGCCAUAUGUCCUCCUUACGAUUGUAACUGGAACAUUAGCCUUGGCAUACCUUCUCUCCGCAAUCUACACUAGGAUAAACGACGGCGGGGGCAGUAUCAGUACAUACUAUGAUGGCCCAGAUAGGGGGCUCCAUGGCUUGAACGCGUUCAACUGGUUCGUGGUUAACAUCGACACCGCUUUUCGUCCAGCAGUUUGCCUCUGGCUGGUCCAUCUCCGUGGAAACUUGGCACGAAAGGUGCAGAAUGCACCCCAGCCUUGGGUAUCACAGUUUUGGAAGCGCAUCCUUGACUGGUCUCUCGUAGCUAUUACCUACCUUCUAGAAACCUGGUCAAUGGGGGUGACCGCACAUGCAUAUGCACAGGAUGAUUCAGGACAGAUGAACUCCGAUCGAUUUUGGGCCUAUAUCGAUAUGAAUCGCGGACUCAGGUUCACCAUCCUCACAUUUAUCUUGCUCCUUGCGAUCGACAUCAUCGUAUCUUUCAUUGCCCUCAAGGUCGUGCAGAAGCGCAUGAAUUUCAUAGACCCUAUAACCACAAGGCUGUUGGUGGCAGUCUUGCCGUUCGUUGCUAUCUACUUUAUCCAGUCCCUUGUCGUGACCGUCUAUCCCGAAGGACGUUCGAUGACCCUAGAGGAGUUCUAUGGUCUCGAAUUGGCCGGUGUUAUCCUCAGUGGACUUUGUCGAGUCGGGAUCAUCUGUGGUCUUCUCUCCACCAUGACCAUUCCCGACGCAGUCUGGGCUCCAGGGCAAGCUAUUCCCAAUAAAGAAGACAUAAAAUACUUAAAAAAGUAUCAGAAUUGGGAUGCACCAGUGAUUCUCAAGGUCGCCAUGGCGUUCAAGAUCAUUUUCUUCAUCGUUACUCUCGGUGCAUUUAUUGCCAUCUGGAGAUGCCUUCGCCUCGUUCCGUCCGGUCGGCACACACGCGCGCCAUAUAUCCUCCUUGCGAUUGUAACCGGAGUAUCGGCCUUGGGAGACCUUCUCUCCGCAAUCUACGCUAGGAUAAAUGACGGCCGGGGCGAUAUCAAAACAAGGUAUGAUGGCCCGGACAGGGGUCUCCACGGCUUGAACACAUUCAACUCGUUCUUGAUCAACAUCGACAUCGCUUUUCGGCCGGCGGUUUGCCUCUGGCUCGUCCAUCUCCGAGGAAAUCUGGCACGCAAGGUUCAGAAUGCACCCCAGCCUUGGGUAUCACGGCUUUGGAAACGCACAAUCGACUGGUUCCUUGUAGCCAUUACAUUCCUUCUGGCCACCUGGAAAAUGGGGGUUACUGCACACGCAUAUGUACAAGAUGAUGCAGGCCAGAUGACCAUCGACAGAUUCUGGGACUUUAUCGAAAUGAAUCGCAGGCUUAGACUCACUCUUCUCAGCUUCACCUCGCUCCUUGCAAUCGACAUCAUUGUAUCUGUCAUUGCCCUCAAGGUUGUACAGAGGCGCAUGAAUUUCGUAGACCCUAUAACCACAAGGCUCUUAAUAGCAGUCUUGCCGUUCAUCGCUAUCUACUUUAUCCAGUCGCUGGUCCUGGCGGUCUAUACAGAUGGGCGGUUGAUAGCUCUAGAGGAGUUCUACCGCCUCGACCUGGCCGCUGUAAUCCUCAAUGGACUAUGCAAGGUGGGAAUCAUUUGUGGUCUUCUCUCCACUAUGACGAUUCCCGACGUAGUCUGGGCUCCAUAA